UCCCUUCCACGACCUUGUUUCGCCCGUUUGCGCCACUCCUCGUCUCGCUUUCUCGUCCUCGUCUCUGGUGGUGUCAUACGUCUGAAAGUGCGCGAGGAUGCAUGCACACGGCGGGCCCAGCAACGGCUCGGCGAACGGGGUGGCAGACCCCACGAAGCAGACAGGGCAGUACGCGAACCAUUCCGACCCAUCCUCCAGCGAUGUGGGCACACCCCUCACCAAUGGGUACGCUCAGAUAUCACCUUACCAGCUGCACAACGAGGAGAUCAUAAACCAUCUAUAUCACUCAGGCUUUCAGAACGGUAACUACGCUGAUACCAUACUACAUGUCGAACCAAGCGUCUACAGGCUACAUGCAAUCAUACUCUCACGUUCACCAUUCUUGGCCCAUUUGAUGUCCACGACCCCGCAGACCACGAGUCAGUGCAACAUCUACGUGCACCUCGAACACGAGCCUGAGAUCACGCAGGAGGGCUUCGCGAUCGCAUUAGGAUACCUCUACUCAUCAGUAUCACUGAAUCUCAUAAACCCUCAAAACGCGCGAGCCGUGCUUGCGGCAGGUUGUCUGCUUGGCGGCAUGGACGAUCUGUGCAACUAUGCCUACGAAAUUUGCCGGCAGUCCAUCACGGUUGACAGCAUCGCCAGCUGGCUCGACUUCGUUGAUGCCAUGCCCCCAUCGUCCGACGGCAACUCGACGCCGAUUGAGCAACAUCAGCUCCCACCGUCGAGGACGGCGGUUUUUGGUCCGUAUGCACACAGACUGAAGGACGACGUGUUCCACUUCCUCGUGGUCACGCUUCCCCACAUGCUGAACGUGGGCGGGCUUAGUACUCCCGUCUCGCCACACCCUGAUGGGGUGCAGCAGGCUGAUGCCGGUCGAGAAACACUCUUGCAAGUAUUCGCAAGGGUGCCGUUUGACCUGUUCAAGGCUGCGGUGGAGUCGCCAACAUUCCAGAUUGGAUCCGACCAGGCUCGCUUCAAGUUCGCGAAAGAUGCCAUCGAGCUGAGGAAACAGGGCAUUGCACGCGGACAUGGAGCCGAGGAGACGGUCGUGCUCGCGUUCGGCGGGAGCAACUUUGGUGGGAGCGCAGUGCACAUCACACGAAAAUUGCGCAAGCGGCCUCUGUGGAAGGUCAACUCUUAAAUGGACGAUAUAUCUCGCAAUGCUGUUCGCUAUCUGUCCUGCAUCAUCAUUGUCAUUACUCUUGCUGUAUCGACGAGUUUCCUCGUAUCAACCCGUAUCAAUCAAGUCUCCUUGCACGUAGUGCUGAUGCUUGUUCCAGUGGGGUGUCUAUGCAUCGACGCAUUAUCUGUGCACACUUGCGGAUCCUGAUUGAACAGAAUGAGUACAUGUGAGUGAUCGCAGCUAACGUGUCACACGUACUUAUUGCGCCUGAUACGUCCCUCCAUCAAACGGCGCAUCUCUUCCGAGCGCGAGGACGCAACUCGCAGUAUAGGCUCCGAUACGCCAGCUAGACGGGCACAUUCCACGCCGAACGACUCCGUAGUGACACCAGGCGUGAG